CGGUAACCAGCGUAAUCGAGUGGAGUACCAGUGAUCAUGAAUACCAGCAUCUUAAAGGUGAACAUAGGACGUAUAAGCCUUACCAAAAUGAGAUAUUCAACGAUUGCUUUUGCAUUUAUUGCUGGAUCCCAAAAUACUGAACCAGAAAAAUUUAUUCGACCUUCAGUGAAAGUGAAAAACAACAUGAAACACACACAGUGGUUGAGAUUACUGAAAUAUACACCGAUAUGUUUUGCACACGACACUAAAAUUGCAUCCGAUCAUCUCAACCACUCCACCUCAACCCGAACACAAAUUGAAUCUUCUGCUACCGAGAACAACAUUGAACAAUUUCGUGAUAAUCAAGGGUACUUGGGAUUUAUUUGGAAAAAUGCCACCAAAAUUCGGAGGACAGAUUGAGAAGUGCGGAGUCUGCACAAAGUCCGUAUACGCUGCAGAGAGGAUCGAGGCCGGAAAGAUUCCAUUCCAUAAGUCAUGUUUUAAAUGUAAAGAAUGCAACCUCACACUCAACCUGAACAACUAUAGACAGAGUGAGGGAAUCCUUUUCUGCAAGCUUCACUUCCAGCAGCAAGUGACGGGAAAGAAUCUGCAGGCGAAGGAGCAAUUUUAACAAUUUGAAUCUCAGUUUGGAGAACCGACGUUAAUCUGACGAGAGCGACAUCUUUGAGUGCAUUAAUUACAUAUUUUUAAUAAUACAGCGAAUGUAUGCUUUCAUAGAUGUCACUCUGGUCAUGCCUUUACUUACUGGUGCCAAUAUCAAACAUUUCACACUACCACUUCCUCGCAACGUAAUAUCUACAUUAAUUGAUAGUAACUGUGUAAAACGAGGAAGGAAUAAUAAAUCAAAUAUCUAUUCUUGAAAACGAUUCUAGGACUACCCUCGUUCUCAUCUUUUAUCAAUCAGGACUCAGAGUACUGUCUUGGACAUACAGCGACAUCUUUAUGACAAUAAUGGACGAUAAUUCUAACUAUUAUAUGUUAAGAUGUGUAAAGCGAUCAAUUAAAGCAAGGGUGAAAAAGCUUUACGACAUGCUCCAACCAAACUGCUGUACCCAUUAUAUUUUAUAUCUUAGUUUUAUAGUCACUGUAGAAUUUUAGUAAAUGUACAUAGCCAUGACUCAUUCAAUCAACGAUACAAUGUUGUGUUCAUUUUUAUUUAUUCUUUCUAGUUCCGAAUACAAAUUACAAAGUGAUUAUAUUAUA